AUGGCUCCGCCCGAGAGUCCCGGCCACCAGCUGCCAAGACUCUGCGCACAGACCAGCAUGGUCAACGGUAUCAAGUCCGCCGCUAGCAACUUUCUUCGCUCCGCGGGCGCCAAAGAAGCUAUCUCACGAACCUCCCACGUCUUCGACCCCGCGAAGCAAUCAAAGCGCUUCAAGCUUCUCACUUAG